AUGGUCCGAAAGGUUCUUCUGGAUCACUGGAAAUCUGGCAAUUGGACCCAUGCAUCCUUCAAAAAUGGAUUAGUGGUCCAUGUAUUCAAAACUUGGUUGCGACUUUAUACGCUCUCAUUCUCAGGGAAUCGGCAGUAUCUCAAAUUUGAUCGAGGAAAAGUGCCUCUUCGAUCUCAAGAUUCCCCAGUGACUUCUAUGUCCCACCGAUCUUUGUGGGUGGGAGGGGGCUGGAUCUUUCAGCAGGGUCGGAAACUCAUUUCGUCGCCUCCGGUCGUCCGAGGCUGCCAUGUCACAGUGAAUAAUGGCACAAUUUGGCUCUAUCAGAAGUCAGGGCUUAUCUCGGUGCUGGAAAUUGAUCUCGAUGCUACUCUGUUGGCUGCUGAAAACCUGCCAGAAAGGGAAACGCAUUUUGAUGUGCUCCUCAAUGUCAAUUUCAAUGAACCUCGUGAUGCAGAAGUCGAAAAAGUAUUUACGUUGACUUAG